ACCCCUUAGUGCCCCAACACAAACAAGUAACAAACAUUAAUUUCUCUCUGUCUUCGUUCGUGUAGAGAGGGAGAGAGAGCUAGUGGAUAUGGUCGACAUGGCACUAUGGCUUCGUGUUCUAGUUCUGGUGGCUUGUCUGUUUCCGGCAUCUGUGGAGUCCAUGGUCCGGCACUACAAGUUCAAUGUGGUGAUGAAAAAUACCACGAGACUGUGUUCAGAAAAGCCCAUUGUCACUGUCAAUGGAAGGUUCCCUGGGCCCACUUUAGUUGCCAGGGAAGAUGACACAGUGCUGGUGAAGGUCGUCAACCACGUCAAAUACAAUGUCAGUAUCCAUUGGCAUGGAAUCAGACAGCUGCGGACAGGUUGGGCCGAUGGCCCAGCAUACAUAACGCAGUGUCCUCUUCAGCCAGGACAGAGCUUCGUGUACAAUUUCACCAUUACUGGUCAAAGGGGCACCCUACUCUGGCAUGCACAUAUCCUCUGGCUCAGGGCCACUGUCCAUGGUGGUAUUGUCAUCUUGCCCAAGCGAGGUGUUCCUUACCCAUUUCCUACACCACACAGGGAAGAAGUCAUCGUAUUAGGUGAAUGGUGGAAAUCAGAUGUUGAAGCUGUGAUCAACGAGGCAAUGAAUUCUGGGAGGGCACCUAAUGUCUCAGAUGCUCACACGAUCAAUGGUCAUCCAGGGCCUGUCUCAGCCUGCUCUUCACAGGGAGGAUAUAAUUUACCAGUACGGCCCGGAAAGACUUACAUGCUUCGGAUUAUCAACGCUGCACUAAAUGAAGAGCUCUUCUUUAAGAUUGCUGGCCAUCAACUCACUGUUGUAGAGGUUGAUGCCACAUACGUUAAACCCUUCAAAAUCGACACCAUUGUCAUAGCCCCCGGCCAAACCACUAACGUUCUUGUGACGGCAAACCGUGGUUCUGGCAAGUACUUGGUUGCUGCCUCACCCUUCAUGGACGCACCCAUUGCGGUUGAUAACGUGACGGCCACAGCCACGUUACAUUACUCUGGCACCCUUGCUAGUACCACCACUACCCUCACCGUCCCUCCAGCCCAAAAUGCCACCCCAGUAGCUACAAACUUUACAGAUGCUCUACGUAGCUUGAAUUCGAUAAAAUAUCCUGCUCGAGUCCCAUUAAAAAUCGAUCACUCUCUCUUUUUUACCAUUGGCCUCGGUGUCAAUCCUUGUGCUACUUGUGUCAAUGGGAACCGAGUUGUGGCAGAUAUCAAUAACGUUACAUUUGUUAUGCCAACAAUUGCUCUCCUUCAAGCUCAUUUCUUCAACAUCAAAGGUGUUUUCACAGAUGACUUCCCAGGCAACCCGCCCACACCAUUCAACUAUACGGGCACACAACCAAAAAACUUUCAAACAGUGAAUGGAACAAAACUUUAUAGACUUGCUUAUAACUCUACUGUCCAACUAGUGCUACAAGAUACAGGAAUGCUUACUCCUGAAAACCACCCUGUCCAUUUGCAUGGCUUCAAUUUCUUCGAAGUUGGGAGGGGAAUAGGUAAUUUCAAUCCAAAGAGGGACCCAAAGAAAUUCAAUCUUGCUGACCCAGUGGAGAGGAACACAAUUGGAGUCCCAGCUGGUGGAUGGACUGCUAUAAGGUUCAUAGCAGAUAAUCCAGGGGUUUGGUUCAUGCAUUGCCAUUUGGAAGUCCAUACAACAUGGGGACUUAAGAUGGCAUUUGUUGUAGACAAUGGCAAAGGCCCUAAUGAAUAUGUUUUACCUCCUCCUCCGGAUCUACCAAAGUGCUAGAGAAAGUGACGCAAUGGCUUUCUUCUGUAAAGAUAGGAGAGGAAAAUUGCAGAUCAGAUUGAGCAGAUGAAGAAAGGAAGGGAUCAAGGGGAGAGACUAUUGGGCGGUUUAGAACUAAUAAGAACGAGUUCUUUCGAGCAAGGUUAAAAUGAUUUGUUGAUUAUCAAUUUUAAAUAUAUUCACACUGAAAUUUUCAUCUUUUUUUUUUUUAUGGAGGUUUGUUUUUCACUGCGAUUUUCUUCUGAAAUUUCGUAUAUUCAGCGAUGUAAUUAUGGAACAUGCUGUAAUUAAUUAUUCAAAGGGUAUGAAGGAUAUUGAAAACUCUUUAUAUGUUUUAAA